GUGCAAAUCCAGCUGGUGCCGAAAAAAAGACAAACAAACCUAAAUUGAACCCGGCUGCUCCGUUUUUCGGCCAAUUUCGACAAAGUCUGCACCGAAUCGACUGAGAGGGUUCUCCGAAAAUAUCAUCAAAGUCAAAACUGCCGUCUCGCAAAAUGGCAGGGGUGGUUCCGGUGCCUCUGAAGAAAACGUCGCGACGAAAACAGUGGACUUAUCACGACGGUCCUCGCAGUUCACUGCGGCUUCUGCAAGGCCAGCUGGCCGAGGACGGGUGUCCAGAGGCGCAAGUAGCUCUUGCCAAGCAGCUCUUGAAUGACACCGAAAAUGCAGAGGAAAAAGAGGAAAAUGCGCGACUGGCCGUCUACUGGCUGAUCAAAGCGUCCGAGCAGGGACACGUCGACGCCACCGAAAUUCUGCAGCACUGUCUGGACAUCGGCCAGGGAAUCUCGGAGCAGAACUUCCUCGAUGUCCAUAAAUGUCUGAAAAUGUCCCAAGACGAAAAGCUGGCCAGGAGGGCCGCUAGGCAGCUCUUCAAUAGUUUGUCUGCUGGACAGGACUACAUCACCACAGACCAGUUGAGAAGGAGAAUUGUGGUUUUGCAAAGAGGCCGUUCUAGCCCUAGCAGGCACAGACUGAAGGGCCUUUCUGAUCCAAUUGCUGGAAGCAGUGAUGAAGACGAGCAAUGUAAUCAUGACUGGACGAGCCGGGCCAGGCAGAGCUACCCUGGUGAGAAACUGACCGAAGAUUGUCUGGUUUCGGCAGCAACGACCUACACGAGGGGUCAACUGCCCUUGGUGCAACGAGUGCUCGUGCUUGCAGACCCCGAGCGAGGUCAACUCGAGCAACUCGGAUUCAUGCAGAGGAGCGUCCUGCACCCUUGGGCCACCAUCGUCCUAGUCUACCUGAAGCUGCUCGAGUUUUUCGCCAGACGCGGAUCGGCGCUUUUGCAAAUGUUGAUUCCGACGUCACCUGUCCACACUUUGGUGCUGCUGGGGUGUUAUUGGCUUGCGGGUGCCGAAAGUCUGGCGUGGCUCUUCGCCUUGCUCAUCUUCUACACCUCCUUCGGCUUCAUGUUUGUCUCCUCGAUGGAAAUGCUGCAGCAGGAAAGGGAAUUCCGUCAUUUCCGUGUCUGGUCUCAACUUUUCCUCAGCCACAGUUCAAAUCCAGCAGACUUAGGGGGAGGCUUUCUUGACUCUGGCCAGGCAGAGAGGCGAUUUUUGAACGGAGGCCUGAGUCAGUUUGCCAGGUUUUUUGCUGCACUGCUGUUCUACCUGGUCUCCUAUCCGUUGGUCAACUCAACUUGGGUGCCUCAUGCAGAGAUUUCCGUCAUCGCCACGGUCCUCUCCGUAAUCACUCUGUUCAGCUUUAUGGAGAAGAAGAUCGACGGCCUCAUGAUUCUUUCCUUUGCUCUCAACGUUUUAGCCCGCUACCCGUACGACUUUGACGCGGUGGUUCAGGGAUGGCAAUUUCUGGACCUGCGAGCGCCGGCGUUUGCCUCGGCCAUUGUUGGCCGCAGCGUCGAGUUCUGCCUGACGUACAGGUCCCUUCUGCACCUUUCCGUCGGCGUCAUCCUGCUGAGGAUGGCCCUGCGAAACGGCUGGGCCGGCGUCUGUCGGGCUCUCAUCCCCCACUGUGUUGCCCUGGCUUGGUGGCAGAUUGCCGUUUUGUCAGCCGAGAGUGCGACCAAGUUUGGUCUUCUGCGCGCAGCCUUCUCGAUUGUUGGUCUCGGCUUCUGCUUGCCACUCAUCGGGGUCCUCCUCCUUCUUCUGCCCGCCCUGGCUAUUUUAAAGACCCUUGCCAGCACCACACUGCUUGUGAAGGCAGCUACCUCCACUUUAGUCGCAGCCCUACCGUUUUUCAUUUCUUGGUGGAUCUCCCGACUCCACAGAAGAGGAACAGUUGAGGCUGGUCGCCUGGUUUUGGUUCUGCAACUCAUCUGCAGCGUUGUGGCCAUGAUGGUGUUGCUCUACCCCAUAAGCAGCACCACCCUGAACGGCGUCUCCUUCCUUCAGGAGGAGCAGCCCAUGCCUCCGGGAGCAAAAGUUGAGGCCGAAUCUAUUCCAGUUCCGAAUGUCGGACUCAGCUGGGACGCCUAUCACAGCCACUGCCACCAACCUGCCUGGGAAAAGUCCUCAAUUGCCUCAACACAGCUUGCCUGUUCUUCACUGGCUGGCACCACAGUGAGCUGGAAUGGCUACGUGACCUCCGUAGAAGUCACAAAGCACCGCAACCUUUUGGCCGACCUGCUGCAGUCGCUGCCCUCGGUGGUGGGGUCGGCACUUUCCUGUCUAUUCGGAGAACAAGUGCCGUUGGUGUGUCCUCCAGAAGCCAGUCGGUGCCAGUUGCAACAAUUGACUGGCCAGAAGUGCCACCUUGACGCUUGGGCCACCACGGAGGUCACCCUGAAGGUCAAGAUGAAGGCCAAGCGCAUGUGGGGUGGCGACGCCGAGGUGCAGGUCGUCGCCGAACACUUCUUCACCAACUUCACAGCCGCUCUGCAGCCGCAAGACCGCGUCUGGUUCAGCGGCCAGCUGCUGGCCGAUGGCCUCGGCGGUCCAAAACCUCAACUCAGGUUGCAGCAGAUCGACUGUCUUGACUGCCAUCGGCAGGACCUGCUCCUGAUGCGCAAACCCACUUUUCUCAUGGCUUCAGUCACCAGCAUUAUCGACGUGGGUCAGGUGGCGCUCCAGUCACUCGUCGGCUUUACCCUCGGACCUCUGAUUCGGUUCACGUAAUUAUUUGUGAUUCAAGUGGAUUUCAACAGUACUGACGUAGAUUAACAUUUAAUGACCCAUUGAUCAAAUUUUUUAGUUCAUUUCACCCUAUUAUUUACAUUUUAUGUUGUAAAAAGUAACCAUGUUCAAUUUAAUCCUGAGGUUGUAAAAUCCACUUCAACUUGUAAUCUCAUUUGUUAGAAAGUUGCUAGGAAGUCUGUUAACUGCAUUUUAGUCAUGCAUUAUUUUAAUCUAUGUUCUUAACCAAACUAAAAAGCCUGAUUAUUAUUUAAGUGCAAUAAAUAAGAAUUUAAUUUGAAU